AUGGGCGAUUCGCCUCCAAAGGAAGAGCGGGAGAAGAGAUCGUCAGAGAGCGGGACAAUGCGGGAGCUGCUGAAAGAUGAAACGCCGGAGGAUAUUUGCCGGGAUCCUUCGACGGCAGCGUUGAACUCGUCGCCACUCCUGAUUGGAGAGGCUCAGGCGACCAGGAGCGUCGGGAUUGGCUCUAGAUCGGCGGAGCUCCGCAUCGACACCGUCCGACGUGGAGAGGCAGAGAAGAAAAUCGCGCCUGGAGGGCCGGGAUCCUCAACGGUUUCCUUGGCUACAGAUCGGAUCGGAAGGGUAAAGUGGGCUUCCUUGACGGGUUCGACCACGACGGAGAAGAAGCCGAGGCUGUGGCCAGCCGCGGGCUGGCUGCCUCCUUGCCUGCGCCGCUGUUCGUCGGCGGAGAAGAGGGAGCUAACGGCGGAGAAAGAAGGAAAGAGGAAGUCAAAUAAGGAAGGUGGCGGAGGUGACUCUCAACUAUGCAAGCAGCUAUGCCUCUCCUUCCCUAAAAUGCAUCAGCAACAGUUGGACCAAAGAAUUGCAAGAGCUUAUCAUAGUGGGCCAAACGAAGUGGGCCAAUUACUAAAGAAAGGCCACAUGGGUCUCGGCCUACAUCAUGGGGUAAAUGAGCACGGUUUUGAGGAGGUUGGGCUUGAAUGGGUUUUGGUCGAGCAAAUUGGUGAUGGUGAGUUUAAUUACUGGGGAAAGAUUGUUGGAAGGGGGUUGACCAUUCAUGAGGUUAUGGAUGGAGAGCUUGGAAGGAAAAUGGAGGAAAACAAUUGCGUGACCAGGAGGAAUAAAAUGGAAUUGGUUGGUGCGUGGGGCCCGUCUCAAGAGCAACCCUUUCCUUCCAUUUUGACUACGGUGGAGUACUUGGGACGAUACAAUCAUCAUCAUGUGGUGGAGCUCAGGGAGUGGGAAGGGAUGACAAUGCCACUCACAUGGAGGCACACGGGCUAUGCUCGUGGAGGUAGCAAGUUGGAUUGCGAGGAGAUUGAAGACUCUGUUGGCGCUUAUAUAUUGGUCGGGUCAAAUCUUAGCAGGGGAAUUGGGCCAUGGAUGAGCUCGAGUAGUCAAAAGCCUACCUUGGUGUGUGAGAAAAUGAUGGGAGUUGGGCUAGCUUUCGAGGACUUGGAGGAAGGGAGUCGAUUCACAUGA